AUGACCGAUAGUGGUGUCAUACUGUACGACAACACAUUGAAACCUUACCCCAACUUAUAUGGAUUUUCAGCACCAAAAUUUACUAGCCAGGUAAACUUUUCAACGGUUGAUGUUAGCAAUAGCGAACCGGAAACUGCACAAACGACACUUGAAAAAACCCCUACCAGAAAUUCUAAAAAUGUCAUUGUUGAAAUUGGUGACAUCAAUCCUCCUGAUUAUGUCGCCACAAUGGAUUUAAAAAAACAAAAACAGCUGGAUAGAGAUUCCGAGAGAGAAAACCAAAAGGUUGUUAUGGCCAUGGAGGUUGAUAACAUAAAACAUGGUCAGGCCUGUGUUAUGGGAUUUGGGAUCAGCUUUCUUAUCCUGGCUUUAAUCAGUGCACUUGUUGCUUUCGGCACGCCUGAUUGGAGAAUUUACACUGUAAAUCCGAAUAAAGCUGAUAAAAACUCAGUACUUUACAUCUGCGAUCCUAACAACCCGUCUAUUAGUACGUGUCCAUUUUACGCGAGUCGUAGGAGAGGGCUCUUCACGACAUGCUACUCCGAUCAAUCUCUACUUCAAUUUUUUCCUCAAAAUGUCAUUGCGUCACCUUGGGUUACCGGUGAUUGGUGCGUGUGGGAGCAAAAAUACAACUUACAAUCUUCUCCAUUGAAAAUUGAUGACAACUGCGGUCAAGAUGCUAACUUCAAAAAUUCUCAGUUGAUGGUCAUGAUUAAUGCCAACCUAAUGAGAACACAGUGGUUAGCAUUUGCAAUUGCCAUUUUGAUGCUCUUUCUUGCAAUUGUAUUUGCCUUGAUGUCUCAGUGUGAAAUAAGAGUGUGUGGGUCGUUGUUAGCUGCAGUCAUGACAUUGAUAUCGACUUUCUUGCUUAUUGUUGGAAUGGCAUUUUUUCACGGAUAUACUUAUAUGGAAGAAGAAGUACUCAGAUGCCCACCAUUUUACGCGACAAUAAAAAAGGACAUCUACAAAACUUUGUACCAGGGCACCGAUAUUUCUUUUGGAUUUUCAUUUUUUUUAGGAUGGUUGAGCGUCGGCUUAGAUAUUUUAGCUACGUGCUUUUUAAUGGUCGGUGGCUGUCAAAGACGGGAAUCACAAAAAAAAAUUGAUAAAGCUGAAGAAAGACUCGUUCAAAUCGCUAAAGAGGAAAAGGCCGAAAAAAAAGUUGAAGAAAUAGAGUCUAAAAGAAGACGCAAAGAACAAGAAAGGAAAUUGAAAAAAGAAGAAAAAAACAUGAAUUCAAGACGCGGACAGGAUCAAUCAAGACCAAGAAGUUUUUUUGCAAAUUUGCUUCCAAGCAUUUCUGCCAGAGCUAAACAAGAACUUUCCAACUUUAGUGAUAGUGAAAUUAACUAUAAUUCAAAAAAUAAAUUAGAAGAUUCUCGUUUGAAAUAUGAAAAAAAAAUUAGAGAACAAAAAAAAACGUUUAACGAAUGGGAAGAGGAACAAGAAGCUAAAUUUGAGGAAAUGAAAAAAAAAUUUUGGAAUAAAAAAGAACGUGAAUUGGAUGAUCUUGAAAAAGGUGCAAAAGAUUCCAUUCGAGUUGACAGAAAUAAAUCCAAAGUCAAAACUCGUAAACCUGCUAAAGAAAAGCGUCAAAGUAAAGACAGCUCUUCAGACUCGCAAUCUGAUUCCGACGAUGAUAAUUACUAUAGAAAUAGAAGUUCUUAUAACAGGCGUUACAGUUUUGAUAACAUUAAGAAGUGGAACCCUCAAUGCGGUAAAAUCAUCGGCACAGGACCUUUCAUGCAACAUAACAGCUGCUGUGAUCCGUUCACUCUUCAUUUACCUACUGGAAUGGCACCGGCAUACUAUCCGUAA